AUGCUGUCUCAACUGUUUCUGGUUAUCGCCUCAGGGCUCACCCUGGUGAACAGCCAGUCUGCCAUCUCCAUCGACCCGAGCAGCGUUCCUCUGUCCACGCGCGAGGCCUGGUGUAGCUCCCAGACCUCCUCCUGCCCGCUGCUGUGUCUCCAAGUUCCCGGAGCAUCAGGCAGCCCAAGCUCCAACAAAUGCACUGCGGAAACCCUCGUUUACAGCUGCAUCUGCAACAACAACGUCUCCCCCAACGCCUCUGAGUACUCCCAAACCAUCCCCUACUACGUCUGCACCGAGAAGAACAAUCAGUGCGUCAAGGCCUGCCAGGGUAACUCCGGCUGCCAGUCCGACUGCCGCACCGACAAUCCUUGUGGUGCCCAGGCUCCCAAGCGCGUCAAUACCACCACCUCGACCACCAUGGCUGCUACCAGCACCGCGACUACCGAGGCGCUCAAUACCAUGGCUGGUGGUGCUACUGGCGCUGCGCCUCGGCUGAUUACCGUGGAUAUGGGCCAGGUUUAUGGGCUCUGUGUCCUGGUUGGUGGGUUCAUUGCUGGGUUCGCUGUUCUGCUGUGA